AUGCUGGCGGGCGCGGGGCCGCGGGGCAACGGCUGCGCGGUGGCGCUGAAGCGCAACAUCACGCUGCUGAACGGCGUGGCCAUCAUCGUGGGCACCAUCAUCGGCUCGGGCAUCUUCGUGACGCCCGCCGGGGUGCUGAAGGAGGCCGGCUCGCCCGGGCUGGCGCUGGUGGUGUGGGCGGUGUGCGGCGCCUUCUCCAUCGUGGGCGCGCUGUGCUACGCCGAGCUGGGCACCACCAUCUCCAAGUCCGGCGGCGACUACGCCUACAUGCUGGAGGUCUACGGCUCGCUGCCCGCCUUCCUCAAGCUCUGGAUCGAGCUGCUCAUCAUCCGGCCCUCCUCGCAGUACAUCGUCGCCUUCGUCUUCGCCACCUACGUGCUCAAGCCGCUCUUCCCCACCUGCCCGGUCCCGCAGGGCGCCUCCAAGCUGGUCGCCUGCCUCUGCGUGCUGCUGCUCACAGCGGUCAACUGCUACAGCGUGCGAGCUGCUACUCGUGUGCAAGAUGCCUUUGCGGCCGCAAAGCUCCUGGCACUUGCCUUGAUCAUCACCCUUGGUUUCAUUCAGCUGGGGAAGGGUGAUGUCCUAACCCUUAGCCCUGAAUAUUCCUUCGAUGGCACCAGCACGCAGGUUGGCAACAUCGUCCUGGCUUUGUACAGCGGCCUCUUUGCUUACGGAGGAUGGAAUUACUUGAAUUUUGUCACAGAAGAAAUGAUUAACCCUUACAGAAACCUCCCUCUGGCCAUCAUCAUUUCUCUGCCCAUCGUCACCUUGGUCUAUGUGCUGACCAACCUGGCUUACUUCACCACCUUGACAGUGAACGAGAUGCUGGCGUCAGAAGCCGUUGCCGUGGAUUUUGGGAACUACCACCUGGGUGUCAUGUCUUGGAUUAUCCCCGUGUUCGUGGGUUUGUCUUGCUUUGGCUCCGUCAACGGCUCACUUUUCACUUCAUCCCGGCUAUUCUUUGUAGGUGCUCGUGAAGGCCACCUGCCCUCUGUCCUAUCCAUGAUCCACCCCCGGUUGCUCACUCCUGUGCCCUCUCUCGUCUUCACGUGCAUCAUGACCUUGCUCUACGCCUUCUCCAACGACAUCUUCUCGGUGAUCAACUUCUUCAGCUUCUUCAACUGGCUUUGUGUGGCUCUGGCCAUCAUUGGCAUGCUGUGGCUCCGUUACAAGAAGCCUGAGCUGGAGAGGCCCAUCAAGGUCAACUUGCUGUUGCCCAUCACCUUCAUCCUCGCAUGCAAUUUCCUCAUUGCCGUCUCUUUCUGGAUGACCCCGAAGGAAUGUGCCAUUGGAUUUGCCAUCAUCUUCAGUGGAGUCCCAGUUUACCUGAUUGGUGUCUGGUGGAAAAACAAACCUAAGUGGCUUCUCCAGGGCAUCUACUCCACCACAGUCCUGUUCCAGAAGCUGAUGGAAGUGGUUCCCCAGGAGUCUUAAAAACAGGGGCAAAACCAUUGAUGUUUAGUUCAAGCCAACGCACAACAUUGUUUUUGAAACAUAAGUAUGUCUGAUUCCUGGCUGGGAAAACGGAAGCUGCAGGGACAGCCAGGAGACCUCUUCAAACCCCCCACCCACAUGGCUUCCCCGUCCUGGUGCUCCUGCGGCUUCUCCAACUCAGGCCAGGCUGUUGAUGAGAUGCUGGAGGAGAAAACGAUCCCGGGUGCAAAUUUUAAAUUGGGAAGAGAAGGUUGCCUGGAAGAGAAGAGAGGCCUCCGCAGAGACAGAGAAAAUGGGGAAGCCAACAGGACGUUUUGUUUACGUGCUCCACUACAGACUUUAUUUCGUUCCUCCACCAGCUGUCUCAACAUUUGCUGAAAAAAGAAAGCAAAAUGCAGGCAAGGGGUGAGGUCCAGCAGUGCAGGGUUUUCCUGCAAAGAUAAAGCGUACGCUUUACACUCCUUACACAUCCAGGGGGCCCUGCAGAAGAAAACAAUCCCACAAACUGAUGCCAAUCUUUCUUCUUGCGAGCUGCCCCAACACCAGAUCUUCUCCUCUGUGGACCUGGUUCUGACAUGAGCUU